AUGCCGAUCCGAUACAAUGAAAUUGACGUAUUGGAGUUUGAGACGGCACGCCUCCUCUAUCCUCAUUGGUGCGGUCGACGAACGAAAGAAGGUCUACCCAUAUGCCUGUUCGACUCUGGACAUCUCAAUAAAUCGACUCUCGCCACGUAUGAGAAGACCCGUGGCACCAAGUUGGGGGAGAAUACGAGCAUAAGUGUAACCCAGAGAGCAAGUAUCGCUCACGACUAUCUCACCCGCUUCGUAUUCCCACUAUGUACUGCGAUGAAAGACCGACCACGGCCUAAUGUCCCAAUCACCAGCUCAGUAUACCUCGUUGACAUCAGUACUUUCACGAUGAAGCAGGGUUGGGAUGUCAAAAACUAUACCAGUGAUAUUGCACAAUUGCUGAUGACGGGGUACCCGGAGAUUCUUGAUCGGAUUUUUGUCCUGAAUGCCCCGUCAUAUUUUGGAUGGAUGUGGGGUAUUAUGAAGAAAUGGAUAGACCCGGGGACGGCGGCAAAGGUGGUCAUCGUGCCAGAAAGUGAGAUGAUGUCAACACUGACGAAGUAUAUUGAUCUGGAGAAUAUUCCGACCAGAUUCGGUGGGGAGUUUUCCUGGGAAAAUGGCACGCCGCUCGACUUGGAUAUCAAUAUUCAAUCUGGUUUAGAGUGGACCGAAGACGGAAAGUUCCCACCCGGACCGAUGAAAUGGGUUCUUGAUGGAUCGGGAAGAAAGACAGCUGUUGCAGUGGGUAGCCUUGAGGGCGUACCAAGGAUUACUAGGAUUGCUCGGGUGAAAGAGGAAGACAAGCCGACCAGCGUGGAAGAUCUGGAGAAGAACAUCGAAAUAACAGACCUGAAGAAAAUUUUCUAUGAUAGCUAUAGCAACAAUCAGCCUACCAUUUAG